AUGGUGCUGGAGUGUGCGGCUUGUGAGUACGAGUGUUCAGUCAUAAUCGAUGACCUUCGACUGCACUGCGCAGAGGAGUCUGUGGAGGAGUGCUCCGUCACCCUCCAGACAGCGGCUUUGGACGGCCUCGUACAUAAAACCAAGUUCACAGUAAUCGAGGAUGUCCUUCACGUUCAGAAGGUAGAAGAGUGUGUAACAGACUUCGAAGAAUCCUCGGUCGUUGUUGAGACACAGCCUUUUGAGAAUGUCGAGCAAAAAGCCAACACCACGGAAGUCGAGGGUAGGUAUUAUCUGUGA